CUAACCUCACUUCUUCCCUUUCACCUUCUCUCUGCAACUUCUUCAUCCUCUUCUCUCUCUCUACAUUCAUCAAUUCUCUUCUCUCAAUCUUCAUUCACGUUUACCCCCAACCAAAACUUCAUCCACCACACGCAACCACACGCACUCGGCGUGUCACGCACUCAAUUUGAUUCCACAUCGUCGGAAUUCACCUAACGGUGUGACGUCGCCGCCGAUCUAUAAACACGAUUUGCAUCUGCUGAUAACAAUUCAAUACUUUUUCGUUGAAAUCGGCGCUCAAAUUCGAUUGUUGCUUGCUGCUAUGGCUUCCACUGCUCCUGCCAAAUCUCAGCCGCUGCACAAUUUUACGCUGCCGCAUCUAAAAUGGAACAAGGACCGAAACUCCAACGACCAACACCAGCGCCGCCGCUCCGUCAAAUCGCCGUCGCGCCGACCGAAUAUCUCCUCCGCAUCUCCCAUCCGCCAGUCGCCGUUGCGAGAUUCCGUUUCGGCGACUCCGCCUCGGCACCAGUCCCCUUUCCGCGACUCAGCCGCGGCGGCGGUGGCUUCGUCUCCUCGUCGGUCUCCUGUCCACGGGGAUUACUUGGGGAAACGGUCUCCUUCUCCUGGCGAAUCAUCUAAGCCGAGGGGGAAACACUCGCCUCCCGGCGCUAAUCCGGCGGGGCAUUUGCCGAGGCAUGAAUCGCCGCCACAACCCGAAGCUUCCGGCAAGGGAAAAGGCGGCUGUGUUGAGCAUCGGAAACACCACUCAAAUAAUUCGGCGUUGGACGGUGCGAGGAACGGGCAUCAUUCAACAAAUUCAGAGCACUCCUCUCACAAAUCGGAGCAUAAAUCAAAGGCGAAAGAAGUCGAUGCGGCUGGAAUCAAGAGAUCGAAAAUCUUAAUCAAAAUUCCUUGCAAAACCAGCAAAACGGAGGACGAAAAUCCGCAAGAAGAGCCGCUGGAGGCGGAGAAAAACGACGAGCACGAUUGCAGCGGCGAAGCGCAAGAUGAGGAGAAGAUUAGUAACAAUAUCACCGAUGAAGAAACGAAGACGUGGAAUUUAAGGCCUCGGAAGCCUCUAUACAAGAGCGGAGGCCCGGUGAAGAGUAACGGCCCGGCGAUGCCGGAGAGGAGUAAAGCGCAGUCGCCGUUGAGGAGCCUGAACAAUAGAUCGGGGGAAAACGACAGCGGUAAUGGUGGGAAGAAGGAGAAGAGGAAGCUGAGCGUCUUUAUCCCUCUAACGAAGGAUGAAAUUGAAGAAGAUAUUUUUGCGCUGACAGGAUCAAAGCCGGCAAGGAGGCCCAAGAAGAGAGCGAAGAACAUACAGAAACAAGUAGAUGUUUGUUUUCCUGGAUUGUGGCUGGUAUCGAUAACUGCGGAUUCAUACAAGGUCUCUGAGAAUUCGAUGAAGGGCUAGAGGCAGUUUCUGGAAGUUCUAAGCUGCUUUGCUUCCAACUUUUUUUUUUUUUCUGGGGAAUGGUAUUUGAAGGUAUAGUCUGCAGUUACUUGUACUAUUCAGAGGAAGAGCUAGUGCUGAUUUAGGGUUUAGCUUUGCCAGUUUCUUUCUUUCUUUUUUUCUUUCCUUUGUUUCCCCUCUUCAAUCUGCUGAUCUCCAAGAAUUGAGAGAUGGGUGAAUGGGUGAUAAUUCUAUUUAGCAUCAGUUGCAGAUGUAAAUAUGGAUUUCUAGAUCUUUUUUAUUUCCCUGUUCAGUUCUGACAACUCAAUUGGUUUUGAUUCAUUUUUGUUUAAAUGAAUAAUCACUGGUUUGGGUUUUUCUGUGUGUACAUUAUAUAGUUGAAAAUUCAUAUCUUUUUGUUCUGUUGCA